AAGCUGCUCUGGCCGGGAGCGAGGACGGCAGCGAGAAGGCUGGGGUCCAGGAUGGGGCUGCUGGCGCUGGCCCUGGCCACCUGGCUGGGGCUGGGGCUGGGGCUGGCCUCGGCCUCCGAGGAGGCGGCCAACAGCAGCCGGAUCUGCCAGGAGGCACCGGCAUGGACCAUCAAUGGCUCGAGCCCCAUGGAGGGGGCGGCAGGGCAGGUGACGGUGGUGGCCCUGCUGAAGGCCAGCUGACAGUUCUGCCUGAGGCAGGCCCACAGCCUCGGGGGCCUGCGGGAGCGGCUGGCCCGGCAGGGCACGGCCCAUGUCCGCUACAUGAUCGUCAACGAGAAGGCGCCGCUGUCCCGGGCCAUGCUGCCCGAGCUGCAGCGCCAUGCCCCGCCCGGCGUGCCCGUCUUCCAGCCCGAGCAGGAGGACCCUGACGUCUGGCAGGUCCUGGGGGGUGACAAGGACGACUUCCUUGUUUAUGACCGGUGUGGCCGCCUGGCUUUCCACAUCCAGUUGCCCUUCAGCUUCCUCCAUUUCCCCUAUGUGGAGUCAGCCAUCCGCUACAGCCACAUGAAGGACUUCUGUGGCAACUGCUCCUUCUACCCCAACACUACCCACGAGGCUAACAGUACCAUGGAGGACCCUGCAACCCCAAGCUCACUUCCUGAACACGAGGGGACGGAAUCAGAGACCCCCAUCCACCAGCACAAGCCCCUCCAUCCUCACCACCAUCACGAGGUCAGCAGCGAGAGAGACACAAACCCAAGUGAGGACCACAAAACCCAUGCUCACCACCACCAUGGAGACCAUGGCCAGCUCCAUCACAAGGGGAAGAAGCAGAAGGAGGGGGAUGAGCAUUAAACCAGGCUGGGCAGGCUUGCAGAACCCAGUAGUGUGCAGACGACCCCAACUCACUUCACAGAAGCAUGGAAGGACUUGCUUUGGGCUGCUGGUCACCAGCAGUGCUGGUUUAACAACUCCCUCCAGCAUACCCCAUGCGGGUUACCCCCCUACGCUGUUAUAGGGAUGGAAAUUCCCCUUGGACCCUGCUCAGUGCUGCAUUUUCAGCCCCAGGGCUCAGUUCUGAGCCUUCAUCUGCCACUGCCUGCCUUUCUGUGCUCAAUGAAGCCUGCUGUGCAAACCGGGAGGUCCCUGGUCACUGCUGGCUGACACUGCACAGAGCAGCAGGGCAGGGGUGGAGGGGCCAGAGCUGGGGUGGGAGCAGCACUGCUGGCAUCCUCUGCCGCUCAGACACUCCUGAGUGUGUUGGAAUCCCUGGGUUUCCUGGCCAGGGAGCGAGGGGGAGGGACAGCGUGUGCCCCACAGGACAUGGUCCCAGGGGACUGAGGGCACAAAGAGUGGUGGGGUGUCACAGCUCCCCAUGGUCCAGACCCUGUACCCCCAGAGCCGUCACAUCCUGGGCACCCCGCAGACCGUGCACACGGGUAUGUGCAGUGGUGAUGGGUGGCCACAAGAUGGUGGCCUUGUCACCUCUUGGAGACCCACGGGCUGUAUCCAUUGGGCACAGCCCGAGGAGGACAGGGCGAGGAUCCUGAGGUCUUUCCUGAGGGUAAGCGAGGUGGGAGGGCUGCAUGGAUAUCUGGAGUACGAAUAAAACCUCUGUGAAGUGA